CUCUUCUCUGAGGAGCCAUGUGAGAGUCUUUGAUGUUGUGGGUCCUACUAAAAGCACCCAGAUUCCAAAACCCUAGUAUAAGUACACAUCCAAUGCCAACCAACCUUCAAGCUCCGAAUUAGAUCAGCAAUUUCUGUAGAAGUCUCUUCCUUUCAACAAAAUUUCCAAAUCUUGAAAUGGGUAUUCUUCAAAUUCUCAAGAAACAGUCUUUCCAUGGCAAAAACCAGUCCAUGGUACCAAAAGGGCAUGUAGCCGUUUAUGUUGGAGAAGUUGAAAGGAAGAGAUAUGUUGUCCCAAUUUCUUAUUUGAAUCAUCCUUGUUUCCAAGAUUUACUUAACCAGGCUGAAGAAGAGUUUGGGUUCAAUCACCCAAUGGGUGCUCUUACAAUUCCUUGCAAUGAGGAUGCUUUUAUUCAUCUUACUUCUAGAGUUCUUGCCUUGUGAAAAUAUGAUCAUUUUUUUUUUCGCAAGUUUUUUUAUCUUGCCUUUUUUUUUCCUCCUAGAAAGAUAGGAGGAUUGCGCAAUAUUAUACAUUAUGUAAAUUUUUCCACUUUUGAGUGGAUCAUGAAGGAUUUUUUUUUUUUUUUUUGACAAAUUAUAUAUUAUUUGUCACUCUUUCACAUUAAUUUUUAUUUGAAACUCUGCUACAAUAUUAAAUUUUAUUUGAAACUUUGCUCAAAUUUCCAUUGAAGGAGAGGAACUUCUUUGUUCAAGUGGUAUAUGAAAUGAGUUUUGGAAA